AUGGAAACCAUUCGAUCUCCGUAUCUGAAGUCUCUCGCCCACCGAGGCUAUGUCCAAGGUGUUACCAUUACGUCGAAAGCUACAAACACUCCCCUUUGUCGCUUCUUUGGUGGCAUUCGCUACGGCUUAGCUCCUUCUCGGCGAUGGCGUAGAGCCCAGAGACUGCCUUCGGAUUACGCCUAUGGCACCCGGGAUCAGCCCGGUCAGUGUGACAGGCUUUCAGGCGUCUGUCCACAACCUCCGUUUAUGAACGUUUCCUUUAGAGAUGAGUGGACCGAGGAUUGCUUCCAGUGUAAUGUGUGGGUUCCUGUAGCCGAACCUCCCAAGAAAGGAUGGCCUGUUUUCGUCUUUAUUCACGGCGGCUUUCUCCAGUUUGGUACGCCAAACACCUUCUCGGCGGCAGCUUUUCUGGGUGAGACGGACUUCAAUGCCGUCAUAGUCAUGCCUGCAUAUCGUCUAGGGGUCUUUGGUUUCCUUUCUUCUUCCGAGAUUGGACAAGACGCUGGCUCUGUAGGAGAGACUGUGGGAAACCAUGGCUUCUGGGAUCAGCGUCUAGCGCUAGAGUGGACCACAGAUAACAUCGCUCUCUUUGGGGGCAACCCGUUGCAGGUCACCAUAUCUGGUUAUUCGGCUGGAGCCUACUCGGUAUUCUAUCAGCUGGCCUACGAUCUAGAACUCCCUCCAGAACAAUCUGUUGUAAAACAAGCUUGCAUCUGGUCCAACUCGCCCGGCGUCCAGCCCAAAAACGAAGCAGCAGCGCAGCUCCAAUUCAACCAGCUUCUCUCCGCCCUCAAGAUCCCCGCGUCCCUGGCCUGGACAGAGAAACUGUCCCGUCUCCGCUCUAUCCCAGCAAGGACCCUGCUCGACGCAGCAACCAGCAUCGAGCUGCACCAGUUCCGCCCAACAAGCGACAGCACCUUCAUAGACCCAUCUCUCUUCAAGUCCUUGGACAACGGCACCUUCGCCCGCAAGCUCGCAGCCCGAAACAUCCGAGUCAUGCUCGGCGAAUGCCGCGACGAACAAUCCCUCUACGCAACAUGGCACCCACCACAGAGCAACACCCUGCAAUCCCUCCACCGCCGUCUCCUAGCCGACUACCCCCGUCACAUCGCCGACGCCCUAAUCAAAAUCUACUGUCCACACGGUCAACUACCCCCCGGCUGCGAGAACUGGCACACCGACGCCUUCGGCCUGAUCUACGCCGACAUGCAGGUCCACAAGACGCAGCGCGGGCUCAUCCACGCCCUCGCCGCCGGCAACGCAGGCCAUCUCCUCUACCGCUACCGCAUCGAGAAGCGGCUGCGGUGCGCGGACCGGACGAUCCCGCCCUCGUGGGGUGUCACGCACGCAACAGACCAAUACCUCUGGUUCUGGGGCAACGGGGAGGCGCUGCAAGCGGACGAGAAGCCCAUGGUGCGGGAGGCGUUCAUCGACCCGCUCACCAGGUUUGUCCGGGGCGAUGCGGAUGCGGAUAUCGGCUGGGGAACGGGGGAUUACCGGCAGUUGAGGACUCUCAGGCCCGAUGGGUCGGUCCAGAUCUGCGAGGACUGUCUGUGGGACGAGGCCAUGCGGGUCUGGAGGGCGUUGCGAGAAGUGGGGGAGCCCGACGGCGGCGCUACGUCUGCGAAACUCUGA